AUUCUUGCAAUAAGAACAUUAAUGCAAGUACCAGGAAAGUGCAUCCUUAACUGCUCUCUGCGACACUUCUUAUUAGUUCCAAGUUUCUGUGGCUUCACGGCAAAGUUUGUCGUUCUUGGCAGUUGGCGGUGCAUUAACUGCCAUCCUUUUAUGGUUUACAUGGCUGUAGUUCCAAUAUGCUACAGAAUCCCCUGUAAAGAUCAUACUCUCUCAACUCGAAAUUCAGCAAGGCAACACGAGAGAGGUCUUCUUUGUGCCUGUUCUGCUUUUGCACAGGGGGGCAGUUACCUCUCAAUUUCAAGUGAUGUGCAGAGGAACUGGCCAGUAAUAUAUGCAACUGCUGAUGUUCUGGUGAAAGUUAAGACUAGAGGUAGGACGAAUGCCUCAAAAGGAACGAUUCUUUACCAGGGUCUAUUGAACUUUCAGAGCGUGAUAGACGUACGCCACCUGCAUAAAAUCCACAGAACAAGUAGAGAAAAUCUCUCUGUGGCGUGCCAUGCAUCAAAGUCUGGUACAAAUGAGAAGCAACUGAGAUUAUUAGAUUCUUACUUUGGAAAACUCCAAGAUAAUGUAAGUGAGCCCUCUUCAGAUUCUUGUAACGAGAGGACAGAUUUUUUGGAUACAAGAGUGCAAAUCAAUGUGAAGGAGGAGCUGGAAUAUCUAAAUGCUUAUCUUGACAAGCUUGAUAAAGAUGCAAACUUCGAGAAUAAUGUAUCAUCAACUUUCAAUGAUGAAGCUACGGAGGAAAAUCCAAUAGUAAAACCAAUAUCAGUCAGUAAAGAAUCUAGAAGAGAUAAUGAAGAGAGACUGAGAAGUUUCAGGAAACUGAGAAAUCAGUAUGUUGAAAGUGGUUCGAGGAGGUCUGAAGCUUUAGAGCAAAAUUAUGAAACCUCUUAUUUCUACUUAAUAGGUACACUGGCUUCCAUAAAUAUUGCCGUUUUUCUGUUCGAAAUUGCUAGUCCGGUGAGGAAUUCCGAAUUUGCGCUCUUUUCACUCCCUCUGUUAUAUGGCGCAAAGAUAAAUGAUUUGAUCCUAGUUGGAGAGUGGUGGAGGCUUGUGACACCAAUGUUUCUGCACUCUGGAGCUUUUCAUAUGGUUCUUGGAUCUUGGUCACUGCUUACCUUUGGACCUGAAGUUUGUCGAGGUUAUGGUUCCUUCACAUUUUUCUUGAUAUACGUGCUUGGAGGAAUUUCAGGAAACUUGACAAGCUUUCUCCACACACCAGAGCCAACUGUUGGUGGCACAGGACCAGUAUUUGCCAUUAUUGGAGCUUGGCUCAUUUAUCAGAAUCAAAAUAAAGAUGUAAUAUCGAAGGAUGAUUUUGAUCGUAUGUUCCAGAAGGCAGUAAUCUCUACUGCUGUUAGCUUCAUCUUGAGCCAUUUUGGUCCAAUCGAUGACUGGACACAUUUGGGAGCAGUUUUGACAGGCAUAGUUUAUGGUUUUUUCACAUGUGCAACUCUACAAUUGGAUGAUGCGUCUUCAAGAAGUGGUCAAGAUGAAGGCAUUGCACUUGUUAAAAGACAUGCAGAUCCUUGUAAAUCACUCAUUAUAUUCACCAUCUUCAUUCUCUUCUUAAGCUCUUUGCUUUUCUUUGUUGAACCUCCCCUAGAAACAGUAGUCCUUGAAGACUCCGUAUAGUUGUGAAAACAUAGGAUUCAAAAUCUCGCUUUUACUUUUCAAGACCAAUAUAGGAAGUCUCUGAGUGGUUUAGUUGGAAAAAGAAUAGACAGAUGUGUGCGUAUAUAUAGAAUAAAGUUCUGUAAUAAACGUCUUUUUUUUCUGGC